UCAUCAUUUCAAUUGCAACUUGCAAGGAAAUUGACAAAAAUGGAUGGUCUGGUGAAAUGCUCUGCCAAUCAUGUGCCCCUCUCUCCUAUAAGCUUCUUAGAGCGAGCAGCUUUUGUUUAUGGUGAUAAGGCAUCCAUUAUAUAUGGAAACACAAGGUAUUCGUGGAGGGAGACUCAUGGGAGAUGUCUUCAGCUCGCGUCGGCUCUGUUUCAGAUGGGUCUUAACCGCGGAGACGUGGUUGCAGCUUUGGCCCCAAAUAUCCCUGCGCUUUACGAGUUGUACUUCGGAGUUCCAAUGGCAGGGGCAGUCCUUUCUGCCCUUAACACAAGGCUUGAUGCACCCAUGUUAGCAUUGUUAUUACAACAAUUGGAGGCCAAAAUAAUUUGUGUGGACUCUCAAUAUCUCCAAAUUGUCAUCAAAGCUUUAGAGCUGAUCUCCGCCGCCAAAGCCAAAUCACCGUUUAUUGUUGUCAUUCGAGACAGCAAUCAAGGGGCAUUUUCAACCACACAAGAAGUUCCACCACGUAGUUUGGAUUAUGAUAGGCUUCUUGAAAUGGGAAAACAUGACUUUGAGAUCGUAAGCCCUAUAGACGAAUGUGAUCCAAUCACGGUGAAUUAUACUUCUGGUUCAACUGGGACGCCUAAAGGUGCAGUGUACAGCCACCGAGCCACCUAUCUCAACUCGAUUGCUCAAAUUUUCCGGUUUGAAAUUAGCGCAAAGACGGUGUUUUUGUGGACAGUGGACAUGUUCCGCUGCAGCGGGUGGUGCUUCACUUGGGCAAUGGCGGCUUUGGGAGGGACAAAUAUCUGCCUUAGAAAUGUCACAACUAAAGUCAUCUUUGACUCAAUAUUUAUCCACAAGGUGACACAUUUAUGUGGUGCACCCACCAUCUUGAACAUCAUUGCAGAAGCCCCCUUUGCCGGUCACCGGCCACUGGCCACAAAGGUGGAUUUAGUGAUUGCCGGAGUAUUGCCAUCACCUGAAAUUUUGAACAAUGUUCAUAAAUUGGGAUUCAAUGUUUCUCAUGCAUAUGGAAUGACAGAAGCCCUCGGCCUUGUGACCGUAAGAUCUUUGGAUUUUGAUCAAUAUGAUCGCGCCAGCAUAAAAGAUCGCGACGGGAUUCACAAUGUGGUAAUGGAAGGGGUUGAUGUAAAAGACCCGACCACGAUGAGAAGCGUGCCGGCUGAUGGGAAAACCAUUGGUGAGGUGAUGUUGAGGAGCAAUACCAUGAUGUUGGGAUACCUUAAAAACGUACAAGGAACUCAAGGUGCAUUCAAAAACGGGUGGUACUGUACAAGGGACCUUGGAGUCCGUGACCCCGAUGGUCACAUACAAAUCAAAGACCGGGCAGCAAACGCGAUUUUCAAUUGUGAAGGCAAUGCUAUAAGCACACUUGAAAUUGAGGCUGUGUUGGCUAGUCAUCUGGCAAUUGAGGCAACGGCUGUUGUCGGAAGGCCAGAUGAGCGGUUAGGAGAGAGUCCCUGUGCUUUUGUCAAAUUGAAGGAGGGGCAUACGACAAGUAGCCAAGAUAUUAUUGAAUUUUGUGCGGUUAGAUUACCAAAUUAUAUGGUGCCUGGGAGUGUCGUUUUCGGGGAUUUGCCAGUAAAUUCGACUGGAAAAAUACAAAAAUUUGUUCUCAAAGAGAAGGCCAACGACUUGGGUAGUCUUUGCCACUCAAAUGGGCAUUUGGUUGUGUGAAAAAAGUUAGUCUUAUCCGUUGAUUGGAUGGUGUACGGGUCAACCCAUACCCUAUUGGGCAUAACAUGAAUUAAGUUUACGCACCCUGAUAAGAGGCGGGAGGGGAGGGAUUUCUCCCUCUUGUGGGUAUUUUUUCUCUCCCAAUCCUAGAUCAGUGAGCUUUCCUCUCUUUCCUCUAGCUAUCAUUCCCCAUCCUCCUUCUCCCCAAACCCCCCAUCUGGCCUAUCCUCCACAACGUCCGCUUUGGGUUGGGCCAGAUCUAGGACGAGAUGAAGCAAGGGUGGCUCGGUCUUCUGGUGAAUAAGUUGCUCGAUCCUAGGCAGCA